UUCUCAGCCUCGGUUCCGCUCCUUGUUAAACCUCACGGGGCACAACCCCCCUUUCUCUCCCGCUACAAACUGCAGACUGUCAGAGACUAAAGUGAGUGGAGUGCAGUAAAGAAGGUUGGAUUUCGGAUUUCUCAUCCUACUCUCAGUAAAGCUUCAACUAUGGGAUGGUUGCAGUCACAGACUUCUUCAGAACCUACAGUGCUACCUUCUCAGCCCUCUAAAAAUGAUGCCAAUGCUGCUGCUGUUCCACACACAACAAACACAUCUGCUUCCAUUCCAGAAUCCACCACCCCUCAACCUCAUAAUUCACCCAACCAAGGUGACCUUCAUCUUUAUCCUGUCUCUGUGAAAACACAGAGCAGUGAGAAGGUUGAACUACAAUUAAAUCCGGGAGAUUCUGUUAUGGACAUAAGACAGUUCCUUCUUGAUGCAUCGGAAACAUGUUACUUCACAUGCUAUGACUUACUGCUGCAUACAAAGAAUGGUUCAACUCAUCAUCUGGAAGAUUACAAUGAAAUUUCUCAAGUAGCUGACAUCACCACUGGAGGGUGCACCUUGGAGAUGGUUGCCGCUACAUAUGAUGAUAGAUCUAUCAGAGCACAUGUUAAUCGCACAAGAGAUUUACUAUCCCUUUCUACACUUCAUGCCUCGCUCUCAACAUCACUUGCUUUGCAGUAUGAGAGACUACAAAAUAAAACUGCAAAUGUAGGAGAUGUUGCAAAAAGUGAGGUAUCAGAACUUGAUGGGCUGGGUUUUAUGGAGGAUGUUGCUGGUUCAUCGGGUAAAUUGCUAUUGUCAUCUUCAAAAGAGAUCAAAUGUGUGGAGUGCAUUGUUUUUUCAUCUUUUAAUCCUCCACCAAGUUAUCGAAGGCUUGUGGGAGAUUUGGUUUAUUUGGACGUAAUAACAUUGGAAGGUAACAAAUACUGUAUUACGGGAACCACAAAGACAUUUUAUGUCAAUUCAAGUACCGGGAACAUACUUGAUCCUAGGCCAAGUAGAACCAAUUCUGAAGCAACAACACUUGUUGGACUUCUGCAAAAAAUCAGCUCCAAGUUCAAAAAAGCUUUUCAUGAAAUUAUGGAGCAGAAGGCCUCUGCACAUCCUUUUGAAAAUGUUCAAUCCCUUCUGCCGCCAAAUUCAUGGCUGGGAUCAUAUCCUGUUCCUGAUCACCAACGUGAUGCAGCAAGAACUGAGGAGGCAUUGACUAUUUCAUAUGGUAGUGAGUUGAUUGGCAUGCAAAGAGAUUGGAAUGAGGAAUUGCAAUCUUGUCGGGAAUUUCCCCACACAAAUCCUCAGGAGAGGAUUUUGCGAGCUAGGGCUCUCUACAAAGUGACUUCUGACUUUGUUGACGCAGCAAUUAGUGGGGCUGUUGGGGUCAUCAGCAGAUGUGUACCUCCUAUUAAUCCAACGGAUCCAGAGUGCUUUCACAUGUAUGUUCACAAUAACAUUUUCUUCAGCUUUGCUGUGGAUGCUGACCUUGAACAAGUAUCCAGAAAGCAAGCAUCAGAUAGUAAUUCAAACAUUCAGAGCAGAAAUGCUACACUUAGUUUAUCUGAUAAACUAUCUAAUGAUAUACCACACGGAGAUGGUGCAGUUCCAAACGGGGAGAAUUUUUGUGGAUUGAAUGUGGUAGACGGUGAUGGUUUAAUAGAAUCAUCUCCGGGCUCCUCUGAGACACCAUUGGCUGAGAAUGAGCAGGCUACAUAUGCCUCUGCAAAUAAUGAUUUGAAAGGUACCAAAGCCUACCAGGAAGCUGAUGUCCCUGGAUUAUAUAAUCUUGCUAUGGCCAUAAUAGAUUACAGGGGUCAUAGAGUUGUAGCUCAGACUGUCUUACCUGGCAUUCUUCAAGGGGACAAAUCAGACUCUCUCUUGUAUGGUUCUGUUGACAAUGGCAAGAAAAUAUGCUGGAAUGAGGAUUUUCACUCUAAGGUGUUAGAGGCUGCCAAGCUUCUUCAUUUGAAGGAACACACUGUCGUUGAUGGAUCUGGCAAUGUUUUUAAGUUGGCUGCACCAGUGGAAUGCAAGGGCAUUGUUGGUAGUGAUGACAGGCAUUAUCUUCUGGAUUUAAUGAGAGUGACUCCUCGUGAUGCAAAUUAUACUGGACCUGGAUCCCGGUUUUGUAUUUUGAGACCAGAACUAAUUACUGCAUUUUUCCAGGCCCAAGCUGCUGAAAGGACAAAUGGUAGGCCUAAAUCUGAAGGAGAGGUUAAGCUACCUGCUGAUUCUUCCAAAGCUGCUAGUGCUGAAGAGCCAACUAGGACUGAGGGCAAUAUAGCUGCAAAUUCAUAUGUUCAUCAGAAUGUCAAAGAUGAAGGAAAAAACAAUGUGGAUCCAGUAGAAUCUGGGUCUUCACCUGCUGAAAUCCCUGAAUCAUAUGAGGGAGUACUUUUUAACCCAAAUGUUUAUACUGAAUUCAAACUGGCUGGGUGUCAAGAGGAGAUUGCAGCUGAUGAGGAAAAUGUGAGGAAGGCCAGUACAUAUCUUGUAAAUGUUGUUCUUCCAAAAUUUAUACAAGAUCUUUGCACGCUAGAAGUUUCCCCAAUGGAUGGCCAGACAUUGACUGAAGCGCUUCAUGCUCAUGGAAUUAAUGUUCGGUACAUUGGAAAAGUUGCUAAUGGAACCAAGCAUCUACCUCAUCUAUGGGAUCUUUGUUUUAAUGAGAUUGUAGUCCGAUCUGCAAAGCACAUCCUUAAGGAUGUCUUGAGAGAUACAGAGGAUCAUGAUCUUGGACCCACAAUCUCACAUUUUUUGAACUGUUACUUUGGAAAUUGCCAAGCUGUUGGUGUGAAAACUACUACCAUGCAGUCCAAAACCACCAAGAAAGACCAAACUGUUCAUCUAUCUUCUGGCAGAACCUCUAAGGGACAUGCCAAGUGGAAGGGCAGAGCAUCUGCAAGAAAGAAUACUUCCUCAUAUAUGAAUAUUAACUCAGAAACUUUAUGGUCUGACAUUCAGGAAUUUGCAAAAGUCAAAUAUCAGUUUGAGUUGCCAGAAGAUGCAAAAUCACGAGUGAAGAAAGUAUCUGUCGUGCGCAACCUUUGCCAAAAGGUAGGCAUAACAAUUGCUGCACGCAAGUAUGAUCUUAAUGCUGCAACACCUUUCCAAGCGUCAGAUGUCUUGAAUCUCCAACCUGUGGUGAAGCAUUCAGUUCCCGUAUGUUCAGAAGCUAAAGAUCUUGUGGAGAUGGGGAAGGUUCAAUUGGCCGAAGGUAUGCUUAGUGAAGCUUACACAUUAUUCUCCGAUGCAUUUUCAAUACUUCAACAGGUGACAGGUCCAAUGCACCGAGAGGUUGCAAAUUGCUGCCGAUACCUAGCCAUGGUUUUGUAUCAUGCAGGAGACAUGGCUGGGGCCAUAAUGCAACAGCACAAGGAACUAAUAAUAAAUGAACGUUGCUUAGGCUUGGACCACCCUGAUACUGCUCACAGUUAUGGCAAUAUGGCUCUUUUCUACCAUGGUCUAAACCAAACAGACCUGGCACUACGGCACAUGUCUAGGGCAUUGCUCUUACUUAGUCUGUCAUCUGGACCAGACCAUCCUGAUGUGGCUGCAACUUUCAUAAAUGUUGCAAUGAUGUACCAAGACAUUGGAAAGAUGAACACAGCACUCCGCUAUCUACAAGAGGCCUUAAAAAAAAAUGAGAGGCUCCUAGGUGAGGAACAUAUUCAAACUGCUGUAUGCUACCAUGCACUUGCUAUAGCAUUCAAUUGUAUGGGUGCUUUCAAGCUUUCUUACCAGCAUGAGAAGAAAACAUAUGACAUACUUGUAAGACAGCUUGGAGAGGAGGAUUCAAGAACACUAGACUCACAAAAUUGGUUGAAGACGUUUAAGAUGCGUGAACUUCAGAUGAAUGCUCAAAAGCAGAAAGGGCAAGCUUUGAAUGCUACUUCUGCGCAAAAGGCUAUGGAUAUCUUGAAGGCCCAUCCUGACUUGAUGCAUGCGUUCCAAUCUGCUGCUGCAGCUGGGGGAUCUGGGAGUUCCAGUGGUUCUGUCAACAUGCCACUUAAUGCAGCAGUGAGGGGCGAGUCUCUUCCACGAGGUCGAGGAUUUGAUGAAAGAGCAGCUCGCGCAGCAGCUGAAGUUAGGAAAAAAGCUGCUGCCAGGGGUCUGUUGAUUCGUCCACAUGGUGUUCCAGUCCAAGCUUUGCCACCAUUAACUCAGCUUCUUAACAUAAUCAAUUCAGGAGUGACCCCAGAUGCGAUUAAUAGUGAGGAAGCUGGAGAGAAGAAGAAGGAAGCAAAUGGCCAUCCUAUAGAUGGUCCAGUUGAUGCCAAGAAAGAGCAGCCAACAACUACGCAAGGAGGUGAAGCACCAGUUGGAUUGGGAACAGGCCUUACCUCAUUGGAUGCUAAAAAACAGAAAAUAAAACAGAAGCCUGCAGCUUGAAAUUUUGGAAGGCUAAUCGUUAAUGGUCGACUCUUACCAUUUGGUGGUGGGCGUCAAUUGUUCUGGUGCAAGUUAGGGGGGGGAAGAUGUGCCAAGAACUACAAUUUUUUCAAUAAAGUCAGUAGCCAUAGCUAUCAUCUGAUGCAAACAGGCAAAAAAUAAUUUGUUUUGGUCGUUCGUUUCAAGGAUCAGCUGAAGACUUGAGUAGUUUUUUUUUUUAUGAUAUAUAAGUUGACUGUAAAGGGAUAAGGAGUAGCUUCCUGACCACAGCCUUUUUAUGUUUGACAUAGGGUUCUGCAGGCAUAAAGCAGCUGUUUUGUGUAGUCCAGGGUAGUUUUUGUAGAUUUUUAGCAUAAGUACUGACUCGUGGAUUCAAUUUUUAAAAUAGAUAUACAUACAUACAUAUAUAUACAUAUAUAUAUAUAUAUAUAUAUAGAAGAAAAAAAAAUCAAUUCAAAUUCUACAGCUUAAUGGGAAAAAAUCUUUGUUUUGGAGUUUCAACUUUUAGUCGAUAGCAGCACACAGGCUGAGGCUGGUAUGACAGCAAUCCAUUAACAAUGGACGUUAAAUCUUGUUAAGCGAAGGUAUAGAAUGGGUUUGGUUAUGGUAACACAAAUUAUAAUAAAGUAUGUUUGGUUUG